AUGCCCUCGAACGCAAUCCCACAGCUUAACGAUCCCGUCCAGCGACUUGACCAGCAGAAACUUCCCGUUGCGGGAGCACUUCACCUGCGAGAUCGGCACCACACCGUUCUCGCUUUUCCAGUCCUUGUCGUAGGUCAACGUCUUGAGACAGUGGCCCGUAGAGGUGUCGAACACCCUGAUCAGUCCAUCGUACGACCCCGAGCACACGAUCGACGAGUCAUCCGCCGGGAUGUCGAUCGACACCACCGCUUCCGAAUGAGCAGCGAUCGUUCUCAUCACUGCCCCGUUCAGAACGUCCCAGAUCUUGAUACUCUCGUCCAUCGACGACGAAAACAGCAGAUUCCCCUUCUCGUUGAAGCACAGCGACACCACCGGCGCAGUAUGGCCCACCAGCCGGUGCAGCGGCCCGUACGCCAGAUGCGUUAUCUCAAUAGUGAAGUCAUCGGACGCCGUAGCGAUGCAUUGCCCGUCCGGCGACCAGCAGACAUCCGAGACCGGCCUCACAUGCGACGUACGCACCACCAAGGGCUCUUCCAACUCUUCCACCUCGAACACCAGCACCACUGUCCCUUGAACCACCGCCAGUCGCCUGCCAUGCGGCGAGAACUUCGCUGCCGUCGCCAGCCCCCGGCCCUCCCGCAGCGUGGGCACCUUAGCCUUGAUCCGGAACAUCCACAGCGACACACAGCGCCCCAGGAUCUGCCAAUCGCUGCCAAUCGCCGUCUUAACCUGCUCUUAGAGCCCGAUGGGCUCAUUGGAAUUUCCGGUCACGUGACCACGCUUAUACGCGCUAUAAGGUGGCAAAUGGCCACCUGGGCCUCUGACGACCACUCUUGCAGCGAAGCAACCACAAAGAUCCCGCUUGAUCGAACCGCUACGAUGAAUAUCGCCCCCUCGUCCAACUACAAGAGCAGCGUCUCGACCGCCGACCACCAGGAGACCAGUUCCAACGCCCUAAGUGCGCUCCCCGACACGUUCCGCAGACAGGAGGGAGGAGCAGUGCCGCUAUCGUCGCAGCUCAGCGACAGACACCCGCUGGAGACGCGUGUGCAGAACUGGGAGCAGACCCAGAGGAGCCGCCAGCUCGAACAGUACCGACAGAUCUUCGGGAUCGCGGAGCCCAUGAAGCGCGUCAUGCAGCUCGAAAUAGUGGACCGCACAGACUUCAACCCGCUCAACCAGACAGCGCUGCACCGCGACAUCCUGCUCAACAAGGAGGCGUCCGUCGACUGGGAAGACGUGUACCCUGGCACGGGACUGCGUAGCGGGAACGUACUUGGCGACGACGUCCACGCCAGCAUCGAGCGCAGCACCGGCAUCUGA